GCCCCUGCAUGCGAGGCCCCGCCCCUCUCCGCUCAGCAGCUGGGCGGGCUCGCUGCCGCUCCCUCCUUGCGUCUGACGCGACGCGCUGGGGUGGAGCGGAAGUGAGAAGGCGGAGGAGGCGGAAGUGGCAGUGUGCGUGAGGCCAAGAUGAAUUCCAGAGGUGCUGCUUCUCUGUUGAAGGAUAGUAUCCUAAUUCCUGAACUUUCAGCUUCAGGAUCGUUUGAAGGUCAUGAUCUUCUGCGUAGAGGCUUUACAAGUGUGAAAAGUGAAUUGUUGCCCAGCCACCCACUGGAGCCGUCAGAAAAAAAUUUCCAGUUAAAUCAAGAUAAAACAAACUUUGCGACACUGAGAAAUAUUCAAGGACUACAUGCAUCUCUAAAGCUGCAGAUGGAAUUCAGAGCAGUGAAACAGGUCCAGCGUCUCCCAUUUCUUCACAGCUCAAACAUAGCACUGGAUACUCUGAGGGGAAAUGAUGAAUGCAUCGGUUUUGAGGAUAUCCUUAAUGAUCCUUCACAGAGUGAGGUUAUGGGAGAACCACACAUGAUGAUGGAAUACAAGCUUGGUUUAUUGUAACAAAAUGUACUCCACAAAAAUGUUUUGUGCGUGUCUUUAUACAGAUCUAAGUACUAAAUUGACACUCACAGUGUUAAGCGGUCCUACAGUUAUCAUUUGCCUUCCUUGAUGAAAAGGCACAUUAAAUGUUUAAAGUCCAUAAAUUGUUUUGUGCUUGUUGUCAAUUAUAUAAAUGUCCUGUAAGUAGGUAGUUUAAAUAAUGUCUCUUCAUACACUGCUCAGGACAAUAGCUUCUUAACUAUGGAAAUGCUAUAUGUGUAUACAAGAAUUACAAAAAUACCCAUGCAUUUUAAAACUGAUUACUGUAGGUAAAUGCAUUUAACAGAUGUUCUUGCUUAAGAACUUUUUAAGGGGGAAAAGGCGGCAUUUUCCAUUGAGUAACAGUUUGUUAAUGAAAAUUUCAUACACUUUUUAAAGUCUUGAAUAAAAGUUUGCUGUAAA